GCGGUUUUCUCUGCUGAACGCGGCCAGUGUGUGAAACCUCUAAAAGCUGUUUGGACCUUGCUAAAAGAAAUUGGCAAAAUAAUAUAAUAAAGGCUGUUUCUUUUUUUUUUUUUAAUAUGAAAUAACAAUAGGAAACAGAAAUCAGAGACGACAUACUGAUAAUAUAUAAGAUUAUCGAUACUCAAGUGAAGAAGUAGAAGUGUCAAAAAAACCGAAAAAUAACUAAUGCUUGAUUGACACAUUAAAUACCUUCUUACAAAAUAAAAAAAAAAGUUCAAUGCAUUUUUAUAAACAUUUUUAUGUUUUACGUGAUUAUGAUGAAGCGAUGCAACUUUCAUAAUUAUUGAAAACAAAGCAUCUGUUAAUAUUUUUGGAGAACUUGCAAUGUCUAUACCACUCGUAAACAUCAGUCGGUCCUUGACAACUGUCGCGAGGACCAAACGACGUGUUGUUGUGACGGGGAUAGGAAUUGUGUCUCCUUUGGGAGUCGGGACGCGAAAUGCUUGGGAAGCUCUCAUCGAUUCUAAAUGCGGAAUCACGAAGCUUUCCGAACCGGAUUACAACAAGUUACCGUGUAAAAUAGCUGCAUUAGUACCGAAAGGAGAUGCUCCUCAUGAACUUAACAUUGAUUCUCACUUUACAAAAAGUGAAUUACGCACAAUGUGUUCUGGCACUGCGUACGCACUGAUAGCUUCAGAAGAGGCACUCUUGGAUGCGAAAUGGACACCAAACGAUGAGAAUGAUAAACGUGACACUGGAGUUGCAGUAGGAAUGGGCAUGAUAGAUCUAGUAGAUGUGUGUAUGACACAUGAAGCUUUGAAGAAAGGAUACAGCAAGGUCAGUCCAUACUUUGUGCCAAGAAUAUUGCCGAAUAUGGCAGCUGGUCAGAUCAGUAUUAAAUAUGGCUUUCGUGGACCGAAUCAUGCUGUAUCAACUGCAUGCGCGACGGGAGCGCAUGCUAUCGGUGACGCAUUCCGCUUUAUCCGCGGUGGCGAAACGAGCGUGAUGGUAUGCGGCGGUGCGGAAGCGUGCAUCUGCCCGUUGGCGAUAGCCGCAUUCUGUCGUCUACGUGCGCUGAGCACGUCGAGAAACGAUACGCCCCAGGAAGCGUCGCGACCGUUUGACCGGGACCGCGACGGUUUUGUGAUGGGCGAGGGCGCCGCGAUACUAGUGCUGGAGGAGCUGAAUCACGCGCUCGCCCGGGGCGUGCCCAUCUACGCGGAGGUGCUGGGCUACGGUCUGUCCGGCGACGCGUCUCACAUAACGGCACUCAGCGAGGGCGGCAUCGGCGCGUUACUGGCGAUGGAUCGGACGGUGAAGGACGCCGGCAUCGAGAGCUCUGAAAUAACAUACGUAAACGCGCACGCCACGUCUACGCCGUUGGGCGAUGGGAUCGAGGUGAAGGCGAUUGAGUCGCUGAUGGGGGAACACAGUAAGAAUGUGACGGUGACGAGCACUAAGGGUGCGCACGGACACUUGUUAGGUGCCGCCGGUAAUCUGGAAGCUGCCUUCACGAUCUUGGCGAUCAAGGAGGGCGUGAUACCACCCACGUUGAAUCUAGACAAUCUGGAUAUGGAGACUCGUUUGAACUUCGCACCGCAUACGAAGGCGAAGUGGAAUACGACGACGACGCGUCGAACGGCUUUGAAAAAUGCCUUUGGCUUCGGUGGGACAAAUGCAUGCUUGUGCUUCGCUCAAUAUGUCGAUUGAACAGGUUUGAAAACUAUUACAAUUAUAAUAUGCUGAGAGACAGAAUCCACUAUUUUUUCUAUUUUUUUAAACGCAGUCAAUUGAGGUAUGUAAGUACGAAAAAUAAAUCCAUAAGAGACAUAGACAGUUCCUUUCUCAUUGUUCAAUUGAUACAGAAAGGACACUAUUCUUGUAACAUAUGUAUAUACCUGAAACAAGAGAAGCAAAUUCAGUGACGAAUUAAAUCUGAUUACACAACUGAUUACCAGUGUUGAGCAGUUUAAAUAUUUUUAAUAACUUUUAUGCAACAUACAAUAUAUGUAAAUAUGAUUUACGAUAAUAAUUCUUUUUAUAGAAUGUUUUUGCAGUGUAUGUAUGAAUGUGUAAUGAAAGUUACACACAGAGAGGAUGUACAUCGGAAUAAUAAAAUAUAUGUGUAUAUAUAUAUUAUAUUGGAAUGCAAUACAUUCAUUUUAUAUUAAGAUUCCGACAAAUGUUCCAUCGCAUCUCUAUUAUUACAACACUGACACGAGUAAUAAUCGUAUCGCCGUAUAAAUAUAUGAUCUUCUUGAAAAUGAAAAAUUUUUCAAGAAAAUACAAUAUUUUUUAAAUAUACGGCAAUCACCUGGAGAACUUGUGUCUAUAACAAUUCGCAUUUACUGCACGCAACAGAAUCGGACCUGCCAUAUUCUCAACAGCCAAGGCAUAUUCAUACAAAAUAUCUACGUUUACUUCAAUUGUACAGAUCUCUAUACAAUCAAAUUCAAUUUUCUAGUCUUAUGAACUGUAUAUUUUGUAUUUUUCUCAAAGUCAAUGUUAUUUGACUAUGAUUUGAAACCAUC